GCUAGUGGCUUGUGAUAACUAAAGCAGUUGAAAUGCAUAGCAGAAGGUGGAGAAUGAUUGCAUGCUUCCUGGGCUAGUAUGCUAUGAUUUUUUUUUUAAAUUAUUCCUAAUUAUGUUUUUGGGAGAUGAGGUUGGAUAUUUGCGUCUCACAGGAACAACAACUCUAUUCUGUGAAGAAUCGCUUUGGAGCUGUGUUAUGAGCUUAGAAUACUUGAAAAAGGACAUGCAGUAAACAGGUUCGGCAGAAAAACUUGCUGCAUAAUCUUACAUCGGCUAAGAAGGAAACUUUAAACUGGCAAGUCUGCCUUGACUGGAAUUUGACAGAAGAUGUUACAGCAGCUUUACCGGUCGAAAUGGCUAGCUGUAGGGAUUGUUUUUGGCGCUGUCUUCUCAAUUUGCUUGGGCCAAAACGAUGAUGACUGGCAAUAUGAGGAUUGCAAGCUAUCUAGAACUGGGCCACCAGCUACAAUAGUUGCUAUUGAUGAAGAAAGUCGAAACGGUACAAUCCUUGUGGAUAAUAUGUUGAUCAAGGGGACAGCAGGAGGACCCAAUCCUACAAUUGAGCUCUCCUUAAAGGACAAUGUGGAUUAUUGGGUGUUAUUGGAUCCCAUCAAGCAGAUGCUUUUCCUGAAUAGCACCGGCCGGAUUCUGGACAGAGAUCCUCCAAUGUCCAUUCAAUCCAUUGUGGUCCAAGUCCAGUGCAUAAACAAAAAGGUUGGCACUGUUAUCUACCAUGAAGUGCGGAUUGUGGUGAGAGACAGAAAUGACAACUCACCCCGUUUCAAGCAUGAGGAAUAUCACGCCACAGUGAAUGAGUUAACUCCAGUUGGGACCACCAUUUUCACAGGAUUUUCAGGAGACAAUGGAGCUACCGACAUAGAUGAUGGUCCUAAUGGCCAGAUAGAAUAUGUUAUUCAGUACAAUCCUGAUGAUUCGACAUCCAAUAGAACCUUUGACAUUCCCCUCACUUUGUCUGGAGCAGUGGUGUUGCGAGAGAGGUUGAAUUAUGAAGAAAAGACCCGCUAUUUUGUCAUUGUUCAAGCUAAUGACCGUGCUCAAAAUCUUAACCAACGAAGGACAACCACUGUGACCCUCACGGUCGAUGUACUUGAUGGGGAUGAUUUGGGGCCAAUGUUUCUUCCUUGUGAGUUAGUGGCUCACACACGUGAUUGCCGGCCUCUCACCUACCAAGCCAGUGUGCCUGAACUGAGAAGCCCGGCAGAAGUGAACCCCGUCAGUGUCACACCACCAAUUCAAGCCAUAGAUCAGGACCGAAAUAUUCAACCUCCUUCUGAUCGACCAGGCAUCCUCUAUUUCAUCUUAGUGGGUACUCCUGAGGAUUAUCUACAAUAUUUCUAUAUGGAUCCUUCAACUGCCGAACUCAGCCUUCUACAGCCAAUCAACAGGGAUUUUCACCAGAAAUUUGAUUUGGUUAUUAAGGCAGAACAAGAUAAUGGACACCCACUUCCUGCAUUUGCCAACCUGCAUAUUGAAGUACUGGAUGAAAACAAUCAGGCGCCUUACUUCACAGUCCCAAGUUAUGAAGGCUUCAUCCUGGAAUCUUCCCCAGUGGGUGCAACCAUCUCUGACAAUGAAAACCUGACAUAUCCGCUAAGAAUCAUAGCACUGGACAAAGACGUUGAAGAUACAAAAGACCCGGAGCUCCAUCUUUACCUGAAUGAUUACACCAACGUUUUCUCUGUGACACAGACUGGAAUAACUCGCUACCUCACCUUGCUUCAACCUGUUGACAGGGAGCAACAGCAGAUGUACACCUUUUCGAUAACAGCAUCUGAUGGAGUGCAAGAAAGUCCCCCAAUUACAGUUAAUAUUCGGGUGAUUGAUGCAAAUGAUAACACCCCAACAUUUUCAGAUAUCUCCUACAAUGUAGAUGUUUAUACAGACAUGAGUCCUGGAGACAGCGUCAUAAAGCUCACUGCAGUAGACGCAGACGAAGGGUCAAACGGGCAGAUCAUAUACGAAAUCCUGGCUGGGGAUCAGGGAGACUUCAUCAUCAAUAACACCACGGGUCUUAUCAGCAUCGCUCCAGGAGUUGAAUUGACAGUAGGGCGGUCCUAUGCUCUCACUAUCAAAGCAUCUGACAAUGCUCCUCUUGCAGAGAGAAGGAAUUCCAUCUGCACCGUGUACAUUGAGGUGCUUCCUCCAAAUAAUCAAAGUCCUCCUCGCUUUCCCCAGUCAAUGUACAGCCUGGAAAUCAGUGAAGCUAUGCGUGUCGGGGCUGUUUUGUUAAAUAUGCAGGCCACAGAUCGAGAGGGAGAUCCAAUAACAUACUCAAUUGAGAAUGGAGAUCCUCAGCGAGUUUUCAAUCUCUCACAAACCUCUGGGAUUCUUGCCUUAGGGAAGCCGUUGGACCGAGAAAGCACCGAUCGCUACAUUUUGAUUGUCACAGCCUCGGAUGGUAGACCAGAUGGAACUUCAACUGCCACCAUCAAUGUAGUGGUGACAGAUGUAAAUGACAAUGGACCCAUCUUUGAUCCUUAUCUUCCUCGAAAUUUGUCUGUCCAGGAAGAGGAAGCAAAUGCUUUUGUUGGUCAAGUGAGGGCUACAGAUCCUGAUGCUGGAAUAAAUGGACAGGUUUUCUACAGUUUGGCAAACUUUAAUCAUCUUUUUCGCAUUACAUCCAAUGGUAGCAUUUACACGGCAGUUAAGCUUAACAGAGAAGCAAGGGAUUAUUAUGAACUUAUCGUUGAGGCAACGGAUGGAGCUGUACACCCUCGCCGGUCAGCCUUAGCCCUGGCCAUCAAAGUCUUGGAUAUUGAUGACAACAGCCCGGUAUUCACCAAUUCUUCUUAUACAGUAACUGUUCCAGAGAAUCUACCAGCUGGAACCAUUUUCCUCCAAAUAGAGGCAAAAGAUGUCGACCUUGGUGCCAAUGUCUCCUAUCGGAUACGAAGUUCUGAAGUCAAGCAUUAUUUUGCAUUGCAUCCAUUUUCAGGAGAAUUAUCUCUUUUAAAGAGCUUGGACUAUGAAUCCUUCCCAGACCCAAAGGCAACUCUCACUUUUCUAGUGGAAGCCUUUGAUAUUGGAGGAACCAUGCCACCUGGUCUUGCUACUGUCACGGUGAUAGUGAAGGAUAUGAAUGAUUAUGCUCCAGUGUUUAGUAAGCAGGUCUACAGAGGCAUGGUGGCACCUGAUGCAAUCAAGGGCACAGUUAUAACUAUUGUAUCAGCUGAAGACCAGGAUCCUCCAGGAACACCACCAAGUCGAGUAAGAUAUAAAGUUGAUGAUAUCCAGUAUCCUUAUCCUGCCACGAUUUUUGACAUUGAGGAGGAUUCAGGCCGGGUAAUAACUCGAGUGAAUCUUAAUGAAGAACCUGGUACAAUAUUUAAGUUGGCUGUAAUUGCUUAUGAUGAUGGAGAUCCUGUAAUGUCCAGCACUGCCCUUGUGAAAGUUGUAGUUUUACAGCCAUCAGAAAUUCCACUCUUCACCCAGGAGGAAUACAGACCUCCUCCAGUAAGCGAAAGUGCUGUCAGAGGAACUGUAGUGGGUGUUAUCGUUGCUGCUGCCAUGAAUCAAACAGUUGUGUAUUCUAUUGUUACAGGAAAUGAAGAGGGUGUAUUUGGAAUUAAUAACAUCACUGGAGUUAUCUAUGUGGACAAGCCUCUGGAUUUUGAGACCACCAAAAGCUAUAUCCUUCGAGUUCAAGCAGAUUCACUAGAAAUAGUGAGAAACAACUUUCGAGUCCCUUCCAAGAGCAACACAGCGAAAGUGUUCAUUGAGGUUGAGGAUGCAAAUGAUCAUCCUCCUGUCUUUGAGAAAAAUCUCUACAUUGGAGGAGUGUCUGAAGAUGCCAGGAUGUUUGCUUCUGUACUCAAAGUUAAGGCUACUGAUAAGGACACUGGAAAUUACAGUGCCAUGGCAUACAGACUCAUCAUACCCCCAAUCAAGGAUGGAAAAGAAGGAUUUGUAGUGGAAACUUAUACUGGGGUUAUUAAGACUGCCAUGUUAUUCAAAAAUAUGAGACGGUCCUACUUCAAGUUUCAAGUAAUCGCAACUGACGACUAUGGGAAUGGUUUGAGCAGCAAAUCAGAAGUUCUUGUGUCCGUGGUCAAUCAGUUGGAUAUGCAAGUCAUAGUCUCCAAUGUUCCUCCUACACUCGUGGAGCAACGCAAAGAAGAGCUUAUAGCGAUUUUGGAUCGUUAUGUUCAGGACCAGAUCCCUGGUGCGAAGGUUGUGGUAGAAUCUAUUGGAGCCCGCAGGCAUGGAGAUGGUUUUUCAGAAGAAGAUUAUUCUAAAUGUGAUCUGACCGUCUAUGCAAUUGAUCCUCAAACAAACCGAGCUAUAAUGAGGAAUGAGCUUUUUAAGUUUUUGGAUGGCAAGCUGCUUGAUAUCAACAAAGAUUUUCAACCGUAUUAUGGACAAGGAGGACGCAUUUUGGAAAUCCGGGCCCCAGAUGCAGUAGCUAAUGUUAAGAAACAGGCACAAGCAGUGGGUUACACGGAAGCAGCAUUGCUGGCUCUGGCUGUGAUCAUUAUCCUUUGUUGUAUUCCUGCCAUCUUGAUUGUUUUGGUCAGCUACAAACAAUUUAAAGUACGUCAAGCUGAGUGCACAAAGACAGCGAGAAUCCAGAGUGCUUUACCUUCUGCCAAGCCUGCAGCCCCCGCACCAGUGGCUGCCCCUCCGCCACCUCCACCUCCACAAACAGGCGGCGCAAAUCUCUAUGAAGAGCUUGGUAGCAGCACAAUGCAUCAGUAUGAAUUGCCUCAAUAUGGAAGUCGUCGCCGGCUGCUCUCUCCAUCUGGAAUGUAUGAUGAAUAUGGUGAGGUGGUUGCAGAAACUGAGGAAGAUUAUGAGGAAGAACAAAAGAAAGGUAAAAGGGAGAGAAAAGAAGCUAGUGAUGUAGGUCAACCUAGUGAUAAGGGAGUAAUCCAGAAACCAACAGCAGCCGAGACUGCCCAUGUUACCUGGAAGAAGGCAAAGAUAUUUCCAAUGAUCCUUAAGAAAGUCAAAGGAAAGGAUUAUUCUCAAUUAGCACCUGGUGAGAAGCCAGGAAUAUCCAUCCGAAUCACAGAAAGUGAAGCCGAGGAACGGGAGAUGGGUCCGAGAAGACUCGAUGAUGAAGAUAAAGAUUAUCUGAAAGUUACUUUGGACCAGGAUGAAGCCACUGAAAGUACCGUGGAUUCAGAAGAAGAAGACAGUGAAGAUUACAGUGACUACAGUUACUACAGUGAAGGAAGUGGGUCAGAAGAGUCCACCUCUAGUUCUGAAGAAGAGGAAUCUGGGUCAGAAGAACCCGAGGAAAGCUCUGAGUCUGACUCUGCAGAGAGUGAAGUGGAAUCAGAAGGGGAAUUGAGUGUCCAUUCUUCUGAGGACAAUGGUGAUGUUAUCAUUGGAAGAAGAAAAACAAUUGUUCCCAAGUCUGCUUCCAAAGCAUCCAAAAAUGCCCAAGAAACACAUGAAAAUACUAUCAAGGAUCUCCCUGAAGGAGAAAAAGAGGAAAAGAAAGAGGAACAAGAAGAUGUUGAAGAAAAUGUAGCUGAGGCAGCUGCUGACAAAGACUCAAGAGACCUUGGGACAAUAGAUAGUCAGGAAAUCAGUGGAGAAUCAGCUUCCAGUGAAGACUCUGAAGAGACUGAAGAUGAAUCCAAACCUAGCAGUUCAGAAUCUGGUGAAUAUAAUGAUCAAAAGUAUGACAAAAAGAAGCCUUCUACCACCGACAUAGGUGGUUACAACACAGCCCUCUAAAACAAGAGAA